AUGAAGGAAAGCAAAAAGAGCAAGGAGAGUGGCGGCGCGCGCGCCUCGAAAAAAAAGACGUACAAACAGAAGCAGGUAAAAUAUAUGAUUUUGAAAAAACUGAAAAGGAAAAUGAAGCAGGGACUGCACAAGCUAGAGCAGCAGCACGAACAUUUGGGGAAACUGCUAUCCAAUUUAAACAGCCUAAAGAUUGAAGAGAGUAAUGUGCUGGCGUUGCACAAAAUGACGAAGGAGUUAACUAGACAAAUCAAACGAGUCAGUGAGGAAAACAAUGAUGACAUAGCUAUAUUAAAGAUGGAAAAGGAUUUAAUCAAAGCAAAUUUUACAAAAAAUAAAAACAGUUUAAAAAUUUACAAGGAUGAACUACAGCUACGACGAGAAGUAGAAGGAGAAGAAGAAGAAGACGGAGGAGGAGAAGAAGAAGAAGGAGGAGGGGGAGGAGGAGAGGAAGAAGAAGGCGAAGAAGAAGAACACCAUCAGCAGCAUAAGCAGCAGGGACAGAAUGACUAUGAGGAGGGGGUAGUGGAACAGGAAGAAGUCAGCAGAAUUAUUAGACAUGAUAAAAGGAAGAAGAAAAAAAGGAAAAGUACCAACGCUAAUUCAUCUCACCAUUUUACAAAUUCGUUCAUUCCUCUCCAAAUUUUCAGAGACAAUUGUCUCUGCAUGAACAAUAAAUGCCAUCACAAUGAAUUCUCAAGUGACCAUCUGCAGGUUAAAAAUUGGGUUCUUGUGGAUCUGUAUAAAGCCUUGCUUCGAAAUAAAUACUAUAAAAACACUCACCUGUGUGGUAAGGUUUUGGGGGAACAUGAUAACAAUGAGAUUUAUAGACAAGAGAUGAGGAGGAUGCGGAAGAAGAAGCUCCUCUUAAAUUUCCUCAGCUGCAGGAGGAAGAGUCGGAAGGCGGGGCCGCCGCGGGGGCCGCAGCUGGAGGAGAGCGAUCUUGGAGCACAGACCAUCGGGGGCAGUUACCCCAGCGUGGGGGACGGGCAGGACGAGGAAAGGGACCAAAUCAGUGGCCCACUUGGAAGAGGCCCACUUGGAAAAGGCCCGCUUGGAAAAGGCGCACUUGGAAGAGGCCCGCUUGGAAGAGGCACCCCGACGAGCUGUAGCCACCAGAAAAAAGCCCCCCCAGAUCACACACCCCUGUGCAGUUUGUCCAACCCAAUAAACGACCAAAGAAACAGAAACAUCUGCUGGAUUAACAUGAAGAAUGAGAUAAAUGAGGAGGUAUCGAAAAAUAACACCAGCAUUAUGACCGUUAAUAUAUUAACCUUUCUAGUGAGCAUAAGUAAAGUUUUUUCCUGCGAACUGAUUGAGGAGAGAAGGGACAAAUCAGUGACAAACGAUUUUAUUGUGAAUAAAAAAUCGAACAAGUUUUAUGAUUAUCUACCAACGCAGCAAUACGAUUUGAUGAGCAUUCAUCAUGCAGCGGGAACUUGCCAUAGGAGCAGUGCCCCCGCGAUGAACACGCACGAAAUGAGAAAUGCGCAUCAGAGCUACCAGGUGAGGGACAACCAUAUUUGCCUCUACCUUAAGAGGGAGUACGUUCCCCCGUAUUUGCUAAAUUUGGGGAAGAAAAUUAAAUUAAUUUUGAAUUUUGUCUCGGAGGGUGGAUUGCGCGGCGGGUUUGCGUGCCACGAGGGGGGGGAGGAGCCGACGGGGGAGCCGCUCACAGGGGUGUCCCCCCCCGCGGCGGACCGCAGCGCGAGACUGGAGCACGACGGGGGACUCAUGCAGAGGUACAGGAGCCUCUUCUUAAAGAAAAAAAAACGGAAAGGGAAAAAAAGUGGAAAAGAGAAAAAAUCGGAAAGCACCGGAGGAAGCGGUGGGAACGGAAGCGGUGGGAACGGAGGCGGUGGGAACGGAAGCGAGUGCGGAAAUGGAAGCGGGACCUGCACAGUCAGGGCCUUUGACGACAAUCACCGCUUUAAUAACACUCUUCUGAGCGCCCUGAUGAGACAAAACCUCAGCGAGAAGAAGAAGUACCACUAUUUUUACGUUAACAAUGUGGAGUAUGACCACAUGGGUUACGACGUGGAGGAUAUAAUUACCCACUUAGAAAAGGUUGUGAAUAAAUGGGAAAGGAACUCCUGCGGGGGAGUAGCCUUUUCUCCAUUAUCGCUGUUGAACUACGAGGAAAAGUACUUAGACGAGGUGCACCAAGGACAGGGCGAAAUUGAGGAGGAGUGCAGCAAAGGGGGGAAAGCAGUAGGUAUGAAGGGGGCCUCACCAAGUGAAAAGGCGAAGGGUUACUGGAAGGAGGAUCCUGCGGAGCAAAAGAAAAGCGUGCCACCAUCGUACCUGGGGAAGAAGAUGAAAAAUAUGGCCAAAGGGGCCUCCCAAAUGAGAAAAAGUAAAGCUAUGGCUAAGGGAAAAGUGAAGGAUGAAAGUGAAAAAAAGCAGUACCAAGAGCCAAAGUGCCCCGUGGACGAGGAAUUCAUUCCGAACGGAUUGAAAGGAGCAGCAACAACUGUGGGUGACGAUAUGGAGACAUACUAUUUGACGAUCCACAACGACAUGCUCAGCUACAGCAGCAGUAACGACGAAGUGACGGUGAAAUACUACGUGACGCAUAUGCACAACAGAGAGUUUAAUCUCGAAGAGGGAAACCAAGACAUGCAAAGAAAUAUUCAUCCCACCUUUUUUUACUAUGUGCAAAGAAAAAAACAGCUAGAAAAAAUGAUGAAAGAACAUAGCGCUUUAUAUAAACACAUAUUCAAAAUGUGGAAAGAAGACAUUGAAAUUGGGGAGAAAGAGAGAGAAAGGAAAAAUAUUUUUGCGUGGGGAAUUUUACCUGUACGUGCAUAUGAUCAUCCGAAUAUCUUCGUACCACUACCAUAUGGUUUUAAACACAACAAUAAAAAUUUAGCAUACAGCUCACUUAGGUUAAAACGGCCCUUUGCUGAUGAGGAGGAGGAGGAGGAGGAGGGUGACGAUGACAUUGACGAUGGCGGUGGAUACGGUGGGGAUGAAAACGGUAACGUGAUGGAGAAAAGGGGAAAGGAAAAGAAGAAAGAUUAUAUGAACAUAAAAUAUGCCAAUUUGACGGGCCCCUGUAUUACAUGGCGUAAAAAUUGUAUCUCCUUUAACUAUUCGAAGAAGAAGAGAAACUCCCACUUGGUCGAAGCCUUCCCCUACCUGUACUGCAUGCAGGGCCCCAAAAUGCCGCUCUUUUCCCUGGAGAGGAAUGUGCUCUACUGCAAUGAGAACAAUCGGUCCGUCGUGCCGGAUGGCCCGGUCCCCUGCAAAGAGGGGCACAGCAACCCCGUCACCAGCAAAGAAGCGCAGAGCAACCCCGUCACCAGCAAAGAAGCGCAGAGCAACCCCUUCACCAGCAAAGAAGCGCAGAGCAACCCCUUCACCUGCAAAGACGCGGAGAACGAGAAAAACUUCAUCUGGGACAAACAGGAAAUCAAAACGUUCUUGGAAAAGUACUUCCUUUACCCCAAAAAUUUCGAAAAAAUCAGUCAGUACUUGGAGUUUAAAAGCACAAAGCAGUGCGUGGAUUUUUACUAUUUGACGAAAAACUUUUUCAACUUCAAAAAUUUUCUCUUGACCAUAUCGUUGAACAGAGUGAAGAGAAAUAAAAAGCAUCGAUCUGUGGGUAGUAAUGACACGACGAAGAAGAACUCCAAGGAGGAAAUUGUCGCCCAGUUAAUGGAGAAGCUGGAGAGGAAUUAUGACCCAAGUGAGUUUGAGCAGUCAAAUUUUUUUCACCUUAACUUUAUCAAUAUUCGCCACUUCUUUCAAAACUAUUUCGCAAAAACGUUUAGCGAUGUGCAGAGCACCACUGGAGGGGGACUCUCAUCAUCAGCAGCAGCAGGAGCAGCAGGAGCAGCAGGAGCAGCAGUAGCAGCAUCAGCGGCAGCAGCAGGAGGAAGUUUGGAUCCUGCGCGCACGACCAGUACGUCCCCCCCCCUGAGCAGAAGCGUCACCACUGCACAGAACAUAGAUGGAGGCACAGACGGAGCCGUGACGCAAAGGAGCAAAACCAUUGUGCUUGAAAAUAUGUCCGAUGGGUAUGUCGUGCCAAAGAAUUACAAGUUCAUUCUCAGCGCAAACAAAAAAUUAUGCUUCCUAGUGAAGAACGAGGAGAAUUUCAUUUACAGUGGCAUCAAUUCUGACAUCAUCGAAAUUGUGUAUAAUGAUAAUAUGGACGGAGACAAGAAGAAGAGGAAGAAUGAAAGGAGCGAGAAGGACGAGGGGGGAGAGAAGAAAAAGAAGAUGGAGAGCAUAGAGAAAAUGGAUAAAUUGGAUAGAGUACCUUUCAUGUCUCAAAACCCGACUCAGUUGACGCACUACAAAGUGGCCCUGGUAUAUAAUCAGCAACCAAGCACUGCCACGUGCAGUAGUAUGAUCACUACGCCACCCCCCAGCAACGGUAACGAGGUGAGUGAGAAGGCGGUUGGUGAGGAGGGGUCCUCCAAUCUGGGUAAGAAUGACCUCCCUCGAAAAAAAGUCUUUAAUGCAUCCCCCACGGGUGAGUUCUUCCCCCCCGUGGACGAAGAAAAGGCUUCCCAUUGGCAAAUUUUACAAGCAAAUGCAAUGGGUAAGCUGAAAAAAGAAAAAAGGGAUAACCAAGAAAUGUGUGAUCAACUGCUCAACUUCAACAGUGAAGAAAAAACGCAUCACCAGAAGAAGAGUGACGUAAAAAACUUACAAAACGGAGAACUCACAAGAGUGGCAGGAAUAUGUGGGUCGGUAAAAGAAAGAAGGGACAAAAUGGCCUUUGCAUAUAAUUGCAACAUGAAUUAUAACAGGGGUGAUUACAACCCUUUUGGUGAAAAUGGACAAUUAGUGAACCUCCGAAGAAGCAGCGCGAGUAGUAGCAAGCGGGGGGAGGAAGAAAAAGAAGAAGAGGAGGCGGAGGUGGAGGGGGAUGACGAAGAAAUGGGAUCCCUUGUUCAGUUAAGCGAAAUGGGAUCCCUUGUUGAGCUAAGCGAAAUGGGAUCUCUUGCUCAGCUAAGCGAAGUGAAAACCCACGAUAUACAUAACGUAGACAGUAGGAGUAGCAGCGUACUGGGGCUCUACCCUCAACCGAGCAACGACGACGACGCGGUCAGGAGAGCCUCCUACCCGGACUCGAACGACAGCGUGAACAACCCAUUCGAAAAUAAUGUUAAAAUUGAGACCUCUGAAGAGAGCCUAUACAAAUGCUUUGAGUUUUUAAAAAAUUUAAACUGGAGGGACACAAGGAAUGUCGAAGCAGUUAGCAGUAAGAAUAGUGUGCAGGUGGAACCCAUGGAGAUUGGGAGGUAUUCAACUGCUCCCGUGACUCCGGAAUGUAAGAUGAAAAAAGUCUCCAGAAAGAACAGCAUUCAGAGUAACGAGGGUGUGUGUCUGCAGAAGGAGAAGAACGUGAAGAGGAAGGAGAUCAUCCCUGCAGGGAAGUCCAAGGGUGGGGGAGGCAAAGACAACACCCUUGUGAGGGGGGAAAUAGGCCAAUGGGAAGAAGGGGGCGUGAGUGCAGUUGCGGGAGUGGGUCCCAGCGCAGUGGAAGAAGGAUCAACAACGGGUCACACAAUUCAUGGGAGGAACAAAGAUGAAAGAAAUCAUAGCGGGAAAAAGGGCAAGACGGCGGUGAACCAGACCUGGGUGAACGCCACGACGAAACGGAGGCUCUCGAAUGUGUUGAGUUGGAAUGGCAUGGCGGAAGGGGCAGUAGGAGGUGCAGCUGGUGUAGCUGGUGUAGCUGGUUCUGGUUCAGGUUCAGGUGCAAGGGCUGCGGCGGAUCUGAAGAGGGACUUCACGGUUAAGCCGGAGUAUGAAAAAGCGCUUAAAAGGAAAAAAACGUCCAACGCCCAGAUGAGCGAAGAGGGGCCCGUAAUGCAGGCGAGAUGGGACAAAUGGGCUACCAAUGGUAGCGAAGAGGUGUUGAGUGAUGAUAGGACUAACUCAAUGAUGGAGUCACAGUUGAGAGAGGAAGCGAUGAUGCAAGUUUGUGACCUAAAUUUGAGUGAAGGGAUAAUGAGUCAAGCACGCGCAAGCCAAGAGCACCAAUCGUAUGACAUCCUAAUUAACAGCCAAUCUUUGGACACACAAAAUUCUUGGGUGCCUGAUAGUAACGAAUCGGGAGGACUCCUCAUGGGGAGAAGUCAUAUAGCAGACAGGGACGGUAUGAAGCAAAAUAGAUCAUGUUCCGGCGAUAAUAUUAACAUGACACAUUUUAACAUGACACGUUUUAACAACCGCAGCAGUGCAAUCCCGUUGCAAGGAGAGGACCGCUGGAAUGAUAUGAAGUGGAAUGGUGGAAGUUCUUCUGUUGCGAGUUGCAAGAAAAGGAAAACUUCGGAUAACACGGGUGGAGGGAACGACGAGGAGGAGGCGGUGGCAGCAGAACUGGCUGGGAGGCAGUCAUGGGGAAGGCAGCCAUGGGAGAAGCAGCCUGUGGAAAACCUCUUCACCCAGGUCCUUAUCAGGGAAAACCCGCAAGAGAGAUCCGACAUAGAACACAGAAGGAACUCCAUCCAGAGCAGCAAGUCCUCAAAUCAGUGCUCCAUGGAUUCCUUGCAACAGAUGGAAAGCUACGAGGGAGGAUGUUAUGAUGACCCCUCCAAGCAACCAUUUAGGAAAACUGCCACCAAAUGGACGGACAGAGAAAAGGAAAUUUACUUCGAGGUGUUUGAAAAGGAAGGCAAAAAUUGGGACACCCUCCUGCUAGCUUUGCAUCCUUAUGGGAAAACUCGGGAGCAAAUUAAAAACUUUUAUCAAAACACGAUUGUAAAGAGGAGGAAAAGUGAGGCUCCCUAG